AAGUUUGUGCUCCACUGAAUCCCCACAUCCAGUGCCUAUGUCCUGCCACAGUCGCCACCAUGCCCAAGAGAAAGAAUGAAGGGGAUGCUAAAGGACAUAAAGCCAAGGUGAAGGAUGAGCCACAGAGAAGAUGUGCGAGAUUUCCUGCUAAACCUGCUCCUCCAAAGCCAGAGCCCAAACCUAAAAAGGCCCCUGCACAAAAGGGAGAGAAGGUACCCAAAGGGAAAAAGGGGAAAGCUGAUGCUGGCAAGGAUGGGGAUGGCCCUACAGAAAACAGAGAUGCCAAAACAGACCAGGCACAGAAAGCUGAGGGUGUUGGAGAUACCAAGUGAAGUGUGUGAUUUUUGAUAACCGUGUACUUCUGGUGACUGUACAGUUUGAAAUA